AUGAGUUCACAAGGCUAUAUCAAGAAAAGCGACAAGGAGGUUGCCGCCGACUUCACCUCAUACUACCUGCAGCGCGCCACGCAAGAGUUUGCAGACGACCUGGACAAGGUGCGCAACGCAGACGAUUUUCGCGCCGACGCUCUACCUUUGCUGGUUCAUGCGUUGCAGCAGGGCACGGCAACCUUCUCGCCUGCUGACAAGAGGAGGAUAGUAACAGCAGAGCCGUCUAAUGCGAAGGAGUGA